GCAGAGGAAGAACAUCGUGAAGCGGAACAGACACCCGAAUCGCGGAAGACGAAGGUGAUUAGGGCACAAAUCUGAAACAAAGAUUCCACUGGGAAACGCCGAACGGACUUCUCUGCGCCGAGGAGGAAGAAGAUUGCGAGCCGAAGACAUCUAAUGGGUACGAUAGUUGUUCUAUCUUCUUUGAAAUCUCCAAGUUAGUGGGAGAAUCAAGAAUGUAUGUUCUGUAGGGACGAGGAAACGAAGCUAUAUCGUUUUCUUAGGCGAUCAUUCUGCUGUAAAAGAGAGUCCUUUGGGUUUUUGAUACAAUGGUUGGCAAGAUUACUGCUGUUCAUUCACUCGAUGCGCGGUUGGAUAGGCGAUUGAAGAGAAGGGUAGUUGCCAAUCAACGAUGUAAGAGAUCUUGUCGCAAAAUUGCGAAGAAGCAUGUGAAGGAGGGAGGUUGUGGUCUGGAGGAUGAGGAUUAUUGGGAAUUCUUGAAUAGUUUGCCAGAGUUUGUGGAGGACAGUGGUGGGAUUGUUGAGGCCAAAGUUGUGGAUUUUGGGCGUAAUAAUAAUGAUAAUGGCACGCUUUCACGGUGUGAAUGGUUGGAUGGAGAUGUUGAUCCUGUUUAUAAGAUGUUCUUUGAACAUUUGACAAAAGAGGGAAAAUCUUAUAAGCUCGAAGUUCCAUCAGUUAAUGGGAUGGAAGUGUGUGUUAAGUAUGAGGAAGAAGAACAUCUGUCUGAUGGCCCACAAUCGAGUUUGAAAAAUUAUCAGAAGGGGCAAAAAACUGGAACUAUCAGAGUAUUGAGGAGUGCUUCGAGGAAAUCGAAAAUAGAGAGCACAGAAAAAUCAUGCGAGGUUUUUGGACAUGAAAAGAAACCUAAGGGUUUAAAUGCAUUUUCAAGGGCAAUCGAAGAUAGCCCUUUAAGUGAUAGUCCAGCUAAAGAAAGCAUGGUUCCUUUGGUUGAGGAAAAGUUCAAUCUGGAUUGUGCAAAGCCUAUUUCUCCUGGGCUGAAUAGUUCAUCAAACACAAUGACUGUUACAGGGCUUCUUCGUUCAGCUAAGUGUCCUUCCCUAUUGGAUUCUAAGUCAGAUGUGAUAGACGAAGACUACAAGAUAUUUUUGACAGAUUUUCUUUAUGAUGAUUAUGAUCAUAGAUUGGUAUAUACACCAGUAGAUGGUAGGUCAGUUGUAUACGAGGAUGAAGAGAGUACAUCUGAUUCGGAAGUGGUGAUGAUGGACACUAAUCCAUGUAAGCCAGGCCAUGCUUCAUUUAGGGGAAAAUCAUUUCAUACUGCUAUGGAUGUAGAUAGUGGGAAGUGUCUUCAGUGUCCCGGUACAUGUAAAAGUUCCAAUUUCAGGGAGAGACUCAUGAAAUAUCUUAGAAGACCAUAUGACCAGAAUGAGUACAAUUGUUUACUCGAGGAAGCAAGUUUCUGUAGGGAACGUCUCCGCUGGAGAGAGUUACGUAAUGGAGUACUAAAAUCAUAUUCAUUGGGCUCUCGCACAAAAUCAUAUCUGGAUCUCUACGAUGAGCUUGCUAUGAAAAUUGGCGACACACCAUAUGAUUGCCCCAGAAUUUUGAACCUACUGCGUGGCUUCUUCUACUGGUUGCAGAAUCUGUCACAUGAGGAUUCCUUUCAGCCUUGGAUGGACCCAUCAUGCCUGAGGGUUCUGCCACAAGCAUAACUUGGAAAUUUAGGUCACUGUAUUUGCAGAUGAAUGGAUCAGAUAAAAUAGUAUACUGGUAUUUUGUUGGUAGUAACAUGGUUUACAUGUUCUGUAAUUAUGGUAGGAAGUAGUAGGUGUUAUCCAUUUUGUUAAUUUCGCUUUUCUUUCUAGCAUGAUACUGAAGUCUAGAAGAAAAAACACAUUCCUGGCAGGCAUAUAUGUAGGAUUUCCCCUUCUCCUUUUCCUCCUUUAUCAAUAUAAUUAUCAGGGAAAGAAACCAGCAUAAAUUAUAAGGAUGGUAACAUUUAUGGCUC